AUCGCUAGCGUAGUGUAGCGUUGGUUUAUCAUUGGUUUGUGGUUUGUGAUUGUCUAGUUGUUUAUGGUGUGGCCCAUCCCAGUUCGCUGUGAAUUUGUGUGCCGUUUCCAAAAAAUAACUAAACUUUACAAAUCAAUGGAUUAUUCUUUCUGCUGAAACGGUGAGACAUAACCCAAAAUCUUCACCCAUAGUAGUUUUGUUGUUCCAUCAAUAAUUAUAUACUUUAAAGAUUGAAAGGUGAACAUGCCUGAAGAAAAAAUGACAGUCGAAAACGAUUCUUCCCCAGCCAAAAGUAAAUCAUCCACCCUCAGUCGAAGUUCAGACUCAACGGUAGCUCAAAUUCUACUUCUAGAUGGAAGUACACUCAAUGUUACAAUUGAUAAAAAAGCUAAAGGAAAGGAGCUCUUAGAAUUGGUUUGCGAAAAUAUCAAUCUGAUUGAAAAAGAUUACUUUGGACUUAUUUAUGCCGACAGACAUGAUGAUAGAAAUUGGUUGGAUUUGGAGAAACGAAUAUCUAAAUUCCUCAAAAGUGAACCAUGGAAAUUCAACUUUGAAGUGAAAUUCUAUCCUCCUGAUCCUGCCCAGUUACAGGAAGAUAUUACCCGAUACCAUUUGUGUCUUCAAGUUCGAAACGACAUCCUGAAAAACCGAUUGCCUUGCUCUUUUGUUACUCACGCCCUUUUAGGAUCUUACUUGGUGCAAUCUGAAUUAGGUGAUUAUGAUCCAGAGGCCAUGGGUCGCCACUAUCUUAAGGACUUCCAGUUUGCUCCCAAUCAAACACCAGAUCUAGAGGAAAAAGUAAUGGAAUUACACAAAACUCACAGAGGUCAAUCACCUGCUGAAGCCGAGCUACAUUAUUUAGAAAAUGCCAAGAAACUGGCCAUGUAUGGCGUAGAUCUUCAUCCAGCUAAAGAUUCUGAAGGAGUAGAUAUUAUGUUAGGAGUCUGCGCGUCAGGCCUAUUAGUUUAUAGAGAUCGUUUGAGGAUAAACAGAUUCGCUUGGCCAAAAAUAUUGAAAAUCAGUUACAAACGACACAACUUCUACAUCAAAAUACGUCCUGGUGAAUUUGAACAAUUUGAAUCCACGAUAGGCUUCAAAUUGGCUAAUCAUAGAGCAGCUAAAAAACUCUGGCAAACAUGUGUUGAACAUCAUACUUUCUUUAGAUUGAUGUCGCCCGAAAUAAAUCAAAAAUCUUCGUUAUUCCCAAAACUUGGCUCCAAAUUCAGAUAUUCUGGUCGAACCCAUUAUGAAACCAAAAAAACGCCUAUCGAGCGACCAGCACCAGAAUUCUCCAGAUCCUUAACGGGAAAAAGACUUACUUCCCGUAGUAUGGACCCUCUUGGAGGAUCUAAAGCUGAGGACGAAUACAAUGAAGCUAAUAAACGACACACAAUGUCAAGUGCACCAGAGCACAUACCGGAUAUAGACACCAGUCCAGCAAGAGCAAAGUCGCCAAAGGAUAAAAAGGAAAAGAAGGAAAAAGAUAAGCUGACAAGGAUUGUUAGUAAAGGAUCAACCAGUGUGAGUUCUGCAAGUUCCAUUGAAGGAGAUUAUGAAGCUGAACAAGAAGAAGAUGAGAAACCAGUUGGAGGAGUUGCAGUUCUACCAGCUGGCGGCCUUUUCGGAAAGAAAAAAGACGAAAAAGAUAAGGAAAAUAGAGAUGCCAACGCACUUGAGAAUGGAACGAAUGAUCUCAACUCGAGUAACGAUAGUGACAAGUCCCAAGAUGCUAAAUCAAAGAGCCCUGGUUUCCUCUUCGGUUCCAAACGUGAAAAGUCGCCUAAAGACAAAAAAGAGAAAGAACAGUUGGCACAAAAGGUGAAAGAAAGUCCUGAAAAGGAACAAUCUGGUGGACCCCCUGUAGGUUCUCCUCAGUUGCCAGCGUAUACCAGGCAGUACGACUAUGAAACCGCCGAAGAACCAGGCAGUCCCAGAAAACCUUUCACAAAAGGAUUUUCUUAUGAAAAACCCUCACCUAGUGGAAUGGAACCUGAAAACCUUCAGCAAUCUCCAUCCACCAAACGUGCAACCGGCCUGGCUUUCAAUUAUGCUCCAGGAGAAGAAGAUAAACUGAAAUCUGGUUUACGGUCAUCCAUGGAAGUUCCCAAAAAACAUAAAUUCUUGAACGAUCCGAAAGCAGAUUCGAAUGCUUUCCUUGAAGGAGAACGUUAUGAUCACUUGGAACCUCCGAGACAAAAAACUUCGGGAACAACUGCUGUCAUUCCGACUGACACAAAGGCCACGAAACCCGUUAAAUUAUUCGUCAUAACUGGUAAAAAGAACCAGAAAACGGGCAGAAUCGAUUUAGAAACGGCUACGGUGGAUAUUUGUCCAGCUAAUCAAAAUAUUCAAACCAAAUUGAUCGAAUCGAAGUAUGGCCUUAUUGAUCCGUCUAAUGGGACGAUCAUUGUUACUGAUCCAACGAAUGGACAGAAAGAAGUCAUCCAAGGGCAUAUUGAUCCUGCUACAAAGCAGAUUAUCAUCACCUCAGGCGGAGUUAUCGAUCCUCAAACUAACAAAAAAGAUUCCAGCAUGGGCCAAAUAAUUUCUAUUGCUUCGCAAUAUCAGGAACCACCACCCAAGAGUCCUCUGGCUAUUGUUCCUAAGAAAAGACUGGUUAAACUCACUAUUAUCACAGCUAAAAAGGACCCCUCUGGAAGAAUCGCUGCUCAAAAUGGUUACGUUGAACAUCUAGAGGCUGUUGGAGAUCCCGUAACAGGCCACAUAGAAACAAAAUACCGAGAUAUCGAUCUUAUAAAUAAAACGGUCACUUUGAGGGAUCCUAAGACAGGAAAAAGCACAGUCAAGAAUAUUGAGGUCGAUCCAGUGUUGGGACAGGUUAUAGUGAGGGAUGAUGUUUUGGAUCCAAGAACAAAUAAAGUUGAUGAUACUCUGGGACAAAUAAUCAAAUUCGGGGAUAAUAAUGAUACAAUUCUACCUAUUACCGCUGUAACUGCCAAGAGAGAUCCCCAAACAGGACAACUAGAUAGUGCCAGAGCUCAUAAAGAAACAACUAAUGGUAAAGUUGAUCCGAAUACAGGACAUAUCGUCACUAAAUAUGGAUCUAUCGAUACCAGAAAGAAAAAAAUUGUUAUUUCGGAUCCUAAAACAGGAACAAUUGAAGAAGUACCAAUUCAGCUCGAUGCUCAGGAUAAUAUUAUUGUUCUUUCUGGUGUGAUUAAUCCAUCAACCCAACAGAAAGACAACAAUUUGAGUCAAAUUUUACAGGUUGGAUCUGAAAUUGAACCACAAGUUAAAGUUACUUCUGUUGUUGGUAAAACUGACAAGAAAGGUCUAGAUCCUAAGAGUUUAGGACCCGUUGAGCAAACUCUAGGUCUUUAUGAUCCAGACAACAAUAAAGUUUAUACGAAGUAUGGAAUUUACGAUCCAUUAAAUGAAACUUUGACCAAUGUAGAUCCUAAAUCUGGAAAGGGUGAUGUAAAACAAGGCGUCAGAGAUCCAGCAACAGGAGAAAUAUUAUACAAGGGAAUUAUCAAUCCAAAGACAGGAAAAGUCGAUAAUAAUCUUGGGAGAAGUCUCAAAGUGGAGGUAGAUACUGCCAAGCCAUUCAUUACCCAGACUCCGAGUGUAACUGAGGCUGUAGCUCCAACUAAAUCUUCAGGAUCACCUCCCACCAGCAAUAUUACUCCUGCUUAUAAUAGAAACCGAGUCAUCAAAUUAUUGGUAAUUUCUGCGAAGAAAGACCCGAAAACCAAUCAACUAGACCUGGAGAAUGCUUUUAUUGACCAGACCGCAGGUACCUUGCACUCAACAGGGGAAAUUAGCUCUAAAUAUGGAGUUUUAGACCCCCAGAAAGGUACAUUGGUAGUCACCGAUCCUACAACUGGAAAGGAUGAAACUUUACAAGGAGUGUUAGACCCCACUACAGGACAAAUUCUGAUCUUGAGUGGGUCAGUAAUCGAUCCUAAAACCGGUAGAAAGGAUAGCAGCAUAGGUCAGAUUGUUACGGUAGUUGGAAAUGCACCAACAGAAACGAAAAAUUCAGUGAAAGGAGCUCUACCGUCUCAUCCUAUCCCUAAAAAACGGUUGAUUAAGAUUUUGGUCAUCACCAACAGGAAGGAUCCCAAAACAGGCGCAGCAAAUCCAGAAACAACAACAGUUGAGAAACUUACCGCAACUGUGGAUCCCGUUACGGGUGUAAUUGAAUCUAAAUUCGGUAAAUUGGAUACUAUCAAUGGCAAGAUCAUACAGAAAGACAAGUCCGGCAAACCACUUGUGGGAUCUAUCAAAUAUGAUGAGAGUACCGGACAGAUUUACGUUCCUGACAAUGUUGUCGAUCCAAAAACGGGUAAAGUUGAUCAUAGUUUGUCGCAAGUUAUCAAUGUCGUUGAUCCACAAUUUCCCGCUGUUAUUGUUAAUACUGUAACAGCUACCAAAGAUCCAAAAACUGGCGUUUUGGACAUUGAGAACGGUCGUCAAGAGAUUACCAACGGCAAAAUUAAUCCAGAAACGGGUGAAAUAUUCACGAAACAAGGUACCAUCAACCUGGUAUUGAUGCGAAUCAUCACCAGAGAUCCCAAAACCGGAAAAGUGACAGAAAAACCAAUCAGUGUUGACAAAGAGGACAAUAUAAUGAUUUCAGACAUAGUCAAUCCUAAGACUGGCAAAGUCGAUCCUAAUCUGGUUCAGGUGAUUCAAGUUGGUCCAGAGAUCGAUCCAGAAAUACAAGUAACUACUUUUGUUGGUAAAUACGAUACGAAAAAGAACACCAUCGACUCUAAAAAUGCUCUACCUGAUACUUCACCAGGAUUGUAUGAUCCAGACCGUAAUAAAAUAUUCACCAAAUACGGAAUUCUAGAUCCACUUGAAGAAACUUUAGUAAUUACAGAUCCCAAGUCUGGAAAACACGAAACUCGUCAGGGAAUCAUUGAACCAAACAGUGGAGAAUUGUUAUUCAAGGGAGGUUUUGUCAACCCUAAGUCAGGAAAGCAUGAGAAAGAUCUUGGAAGAGCAAUUUCCGUGAAAAUUAUCGAACCAACUAUCGAUCCGAUAGCUUCACAACAGCCCACAAUAAAAGAAUUGACUAAAUCUGAAGUUUCCGAAAGUAUUGUCAAACCAGUUAAACCUUCCACCCCUACCAGACAAGAUACCGUCUUAAGUAAAUCACCUUCGAAGUCCAUAAGUACCCCACAAAAAACAGUGGAAGUCGGUACUCCAGUUAGGGUAGAGAAAACAGGUCAGCCAAUACCUAAACAUCGUAUUGUCAAAAUCAUGGUUAUAACUGGUAAGAAAGAUCCGAAGUCUGGAAAUAUUGAUACUGAAAACGGUACACUUGAGCAUAUAACUGGCAUCUUAGAUCCAGUAACUGGAAAAAUUGAAACUAAAUACGGCCAACUGGAUCCCAAAACUGGUGCGAUGGUGGUUAAAGAUGCAAGUGGUAAGAGUGAAACAGUAUCCGGUAAAGUGGAUCCGAUAACAGGUCAAAUUAUGGUCAAUGGUGGACCCGUACUUGAUCCAGCUACAGGAAAACCAGAUCCGUCAUUGGGUCAGACAUUCUCUAUCGUCGGUCUUAAACAAGCGCAAGAUCCUAAUGCUGCGCCAUUACCACGAAAAAGGAUUAUUAAAAUCACAGUCAUAACAACGAGAAUCGACCCAAGGACCGGUAAAAUUGAUCCCGAGAAAGGUCAGUUUGAGCACUCCACAGCAUUGUUCAAUCCAGAAACAGGUCUUAUUGAAUCUAAAUACGGUUUAAUUGACCCCAAAACCGGAAAAGUUAUCAUAAACGAUCCCAAAUCUGGCAAAGUCGAUGCAAAACAAGCCACACUCAGUGAGGAAAAUGGACAAAUAUUGAUAACAGGGGGAGUAACGGAUCCUAAAUCUGGAAAAUUCGAUAAUACUUUGAGUCAACUAAUUAGUAUUUCAGGACAGAACGAUCCUAUAGUAGAAAUUACUACGAUAACUGGAAAGAAAAAUGCUAAAUAUGGCUGCAUCGAUUUCGAUAAUAGUCAUAUGGAAAAUACCAAAGGGAAAAAGAUUUCUUCCACAGGUGAAAUCAUAACUAAAUACGGGAAAAUAGACCUGAAACAUCUGAGAAUAACCACAAAAGAUCCUAAAACAGGUCAGAUCGAAACGAGGCCUAUAAGAAUCGAUUCUGAAGGUAAUGUUACUAUAUCUACAGGUGUAAAAGAUCCGAAAACAGAUACUGAGAACCCCGAUUUGGCCCAAGUCAUCAAAAUUGGGGGUGAAAUUGAUCCCGAAGUCCAAAUCAUUAGUUAUAUCGGAAAGAUUGACCCUAAAAAGGCAACAAUUGAUGCCAAAAACGUCAUUCCUGAUAUAUCCUACGGUAUAUACAAUCCACAAACACACAAAAUCGACUCCAAGUAUGGCCAGUUAGACCCCAUCAAAGCGACCUUAACAUACACCGACCUUAAAACCGGCAAACAAGAUGUUAAAGCAGGAAUAAUCGAUCCAGCCACAGGACAAAUUCUAUUGAAAGGUGGUUACACCAACCCUAAGACAGGAAAAAUUGAUCCUAAUUUUGGAAGAAUAAUCAACCUAUUCAUCAGAGAACCUUUGAUCGACGAGUACGGCAAUUUGAUCGAAAGGGAAAUGAAAGAUUUGAAGGUAGACCCGAAAACUGGUCAGGUUUGGGUGUACGAAUCCCAAGACCCCAACACCAAGCAAGAGGUUUAUUCAACAGGUUACGUGGAUCCAGUCACUGGCUACGUGAUAACAGUUUACGGUUACUUGGAUCCAAAAUCGGGAACCAUCAACAAGAUCGUGAAGGUCGAUUCGAGCAACGUCAAAGUUGACCCUACAACGAACGAAGUUUACACAAAGACGACUGAAGUCGACGAAACCGGCAGCCCCAUCUACUCCACCUCGGAGAUCGAUCCAGCCUCCGGGCAGAUCUUCACCAAAUACGGCAAAAUAGAUGCGAAAACCGGGAAGUUUGUCAUCAUUCGAAUUUAUCUGAUCAACGAUUCCGGACCGUCCGGUAGGGUGAGAGAGAUCGAUCCCAAAGAUUGUCAAUUCGACGAGAAGACCGGGAAGAUCGUGAACAUAAGCACCCAAACCGUCUACAUUUAUUCUCUGGUGGAUCCGAAAACUGGAAAAAUCGUACAGGUGGAUCCGAACGAUCCCUUGGUGAAGAGCGCUAACACUAAGGUUACCCAAGUAUUGACGCUCUCUGGCGAGAUCGACCCAGAAACUGGAAAAAUUCACACCGAAUGGGGUCACAUCGACCCCCAGACGGGAGACAUCGAUCCCAAGACUGCCAGGACCGAUCCCGUCACCGGAGAAUUGAUACUCAAUUACGCCCAAAUCGAUCCCAGCCAUUUCGAAGAUUUGAAGGACCUACAAGUCAAGGUCGAAACUUAUAAGCGCGGCGGUUCGGAAGACUCUAGCGAUGAUGACUUGAACGAAUACGCGUCCGAGAACAUGAAGGACAUAACCAACUUGAAGUCGUUACCAAAAGGCCAAAAAACGGUUACUUCGACCACCCCGGUAAUUGUUAAGACGACCACGAAGCAGAUAGUUACCAAGGACAAGGAUGGAGUCACCCAAAAUAUCGAAGAGAGGGUCGAGGAUGGUCGUACAGGUGAAGUUACAGUAUCAACGCAAAUCAAUAAGGCGGACGCUCCAAUCUCUGACGAUGGCAAAUCACCUUUUGUCACCGCAAGAGCUGUUACAACUCGUACAGCUACUACUCAUGAAGACCUUGGAACUAAUGCUCGUACACAACAGCUAGAAGAGAAAACUGUAGCUCACUCGAUGACGUCAAGUGCUACUCGUCAGGAGCAAAGAACAGUAACACAAGAGGUCAAAACAACAAGCACAGUAUUGUCUGCUGAUCAGCUGGGCAGACGAAGCUCUAUAAGCUCGACUAGUUCAGGUGAUUCAGGCACUCCAAUUGAUCCUCCAGAUGAUCCAAGUCAUCCAUACUAUAACAGUGAUAUCUAUAAGGAUAUCCCUGGUGGUAUUGUACAAACAGAAAGUGUUGUAUACAGUGGUGAUCCUAAUAUGCAGCGUACACCAACCACUAAAGUUCCAGUGGUUGCAACAGAAGCUAGGAAAGUUCACCUGACUUCCGAUGAUGGAAAUUAUCAAGCUACAGGUGAAAUCAUCAGCUCUCAAACCAUAAGUUCUAAAACUAGGACUGUAGAAACAAUCACAUAUAAAACUGAGAGGGAUGGUGUUGUUGAAACAAGAGUUGAACAAAAGAUUACAAUACAAUCAGAUGGGGAUCCAAUAGAUCAUGACAGAGCAUUAGCAGAGGCAAUUCAGGAAGCUACUGCUAUGAAUCCUGACAUGACAGUAGAAAAAAUUGAAAUUCAACAACAAUCUGCGCAGCCAUAAAAAGGUGUUACUAAAGCUUCAGCCUUACCUGCGCUAUUUCUAAGAUAGUUUGCUUCUUUGAAAUGGAUCUAACAUAAGUACUAAUAUUAGUCAGUUCACAAUGAUAUAUUAUUUUUUGAGCAUUUAUGGGAAAAUUUGUAUCCCAAGAUUUCGAAUUAUUAAGAUAUAUAGUGUUACAAGUUUUCUCAUUGUAGCUUGAAAAUGUUAAUUUUUCCCAUUCUCCAAGCAGAGUUGUUUAGUAUUUUCAACAAUUCAUUGUUCAGUAUGUAUUUAUGUCGAACACACCAUCACUAACAUGCAUCUUAUUGGUGCUUAAAAAUAUAAGUGCUUAUAUUUUCUUUGUAUAUUUGAUAGAAUGAUAUUGAUGGGGAAAUUUUUAAAGUAUUGUAAUAUUAUAUUAAUUUCUUAUUAAUAAUUAAAUAGUUUGAAAUUUAUAUAUACCUUAAACACUUGAUGUUGCUAAUUUCCUCAAUGUACCACAGUUAUUUAUAUAUUUUUUUCUCAGAAAGCUAAAUUCAGUUUCAAUAUGUGAUGAAAUUUCAAUUGCCCUCUAUAACUUGUUAACAAUGUUGUGCCCUACUAUUAUGGCAAGUUUUUCAAUUGACUAAAUAUAAAUACGUCAAACUUUCCAAUGUUUAAUAAGAACACCAGAAAAAUAAUUUUAGUCUUAUAAAUUUUUGGAAUUGCCAGUAUUCUGGCAAAAUCAGUCGAAAAGUUGUUCCAAUAAAUUGAAAGAUAAAGACAUUCCAAUUUAAGUAGUAGCCUUUGCAUGCAUAUUUUGGAAAGGUGAACUGUUACAUGUUUUAAAUUUUAUUUAUUGUUUUCUGUAGUAGAAUCUAUGUAAAUGUAUAUAAUGGAAAAAUAAAAGGGACCUUGAAUUAAUUUAAGUGACAAUAAAUCACAAAAUCACUUUCAUGACAUUGUGUCCAUGACGAUCAAAGUUUAACCAAGAAGAUGAGAAUUAUUUUUAUUUUUUGGUCCUUCUGAAUUAUACAUCAUUUUUGGGAACGUUGGCCUUGCAUUUCAUAAGAAUUUAGCUUUUUUUUUCACCAUUAACUUUUAAAUCACAUGAAUGUAUUUUUUGGUCAGUGACAUAUUUCAACUGAUAUUCGAAUAUUUGUAUUUGUGUAUAUAUAAGAUAAAAAGUUCAAUUUGGAUAUUGAAAUUUGCUUUAAUUAUUUUAACUGCAGCUGUAGUUAUAUCAUUGUUUGUAUGUAUGUUUUGAAAAUUUUAUUUAAAUAAAAAAAUCUUAAAGCAG